GAUGCAAUCAUUUCACUUAAGGUUACUUAUAUACAGUCGUCCGAGAGUUUCCUACAGCAUAUCCACACAUGAGGCUUUUACUGACUCAACUGCCAGCUCCCAUCUGAGGAUCAGAAUAUACAUCAGCUUCUUCUGUUUGCUGCCACAUCUACUGAACAAGGAUCCUUGAGACAGCAUUUCUCACACAAGCUCUGAAUAUAACAGAUAAAAAGAAUGAAGGCUAUCAUCAUUGUAACAUUUUGCCUGAUUGGAGCAGUUUUUGCCAACCCAAUUUUUUACAAUGCCGUUUUGGAAACAAGUGAGCUCGAUCCAAACACGACUGAAAGUUUGUCUGUUUCACAAUCAUCUGAAAAUGACACCUCAGAGAUUCAGAGCUCUGAAGAAACUACCUCAAGUCAAAGUCUGAGCUCAGAGUCAGAAUCGUCGGAAGAAACAUCAGAGGACACGACUUCAGAGGAGAGUGACAGUCAAUCAGAUGAGGACAAUGAGUUCAACAUCCUCCUAGUCUCCACUUGGCUCAUAUUAUUCACUCUUUUCCCACAGUCAAACUCUAUGGAAGAAACCAGAGAUGACAGCAUGGGAAGUGAGGAGAAUGUUCGAAAGAGUUUUGUUCAAGAGUUUGCAAGUGUCAUCAAAGUCCACAGUGCAGAGGAUAACAGCACAGAGGUCCAGGACAAACAGCCCACCUCCACCAGCACUUCUGUCAAACAAGGGACGACCACUACUCAGGGUCAAACAAACCAACCACUGGUGGACAAUCCCACCGACAGCAGUGAGAGCACCAGCGACAGCGCAGACGCCAGUGACAUUACAGCUGUUACAGCUGCAAACAGUGACAGCAGUCAGAGCACCAGCAGUGAAAGCAACGAGACCAGUGAGACCAGUGACAGCAGUGACAGCAGUGAUGAAACCAGCCAAAGCACAGAGAGUAAUGCCAGUGACAGCACUGAGCUGAAUCAGCUCAAAGCCUGUGUGAAUGGCACUCAGAGCUGUGAAAGCGAAGAGGACUUCUUCCAGGAGAUAGGAGACGAUGCUCAUUUCUCAGUAGACAACCUGAUGGUGCCAGACGAGGAAGAAAGGGAGUUAUUUCUAAGGAGAUGAUGACAUGUGCACCUCUAUUGUGUUUGCCACUGUGAACUAUAACACCAUUAGAUCUGCCUGAAAAACUCAGGAUGACACAUUUACUCUUGCCCAUAGCUUCUGAAUGUUUAUGUUGGCUUCAUGUUACCUGUUGGUUUGUGUGUGUGAUUAUUAUUGUGAUGAUAUGAUAUAGCCUUAAAGCAUUUACUUUUACUGUUACU